AUGGCCUCCGGUGGAGCCUUCCGGAACCUUCUCCUGGUGCUCCCCCUCUGCCUCGCGCGCGCCUCGUUGGUUGGUGGCGAGGCGUCAAGGAGGUUCCAGAUCGUCGGCGGCGACGUCCACUAUUUCCGCAUUGUUCCUGAGUACUGGAAGGAUCGCCUUUUAAGAGCAAAAGCAUUAGGCUUGAACACAAUUCAAACAUAUGUACCUUGGAAUUUGCAUGAGCCAGAACCGCAGAGCUGGGAAUUCAAGGGCUUCGCGGAUAUUGAAUCAUAUCUGAGACUUGCUCAAGAACUAGAAAUGCUGGUCAUGCUUCGUGUAGGUUCAUACAUUUGUGGAGAAUGGGAUCUAGGAGGUUUUCCACCUUGGUUGCUCACCAUAGAACCAGCCCUUAAACUGCGAUCAUCAGAUUCGUCCUAUCUUUCCUUGGUGGAGAGAUGGUGGGGAGUACUACUUUCGAAAGUGGCACCAUUAUUAUACAAUAAUGGAGGUCCAGUUAUUAUGGUUCAGAUUGAAAAUGAAUUUCGUUCUUUUGGAGACGAUAAGAAUUAUCUUCAUUACCUUGUUCAACUGGCCAGAAGAUAUCUUGGAAACGACAUUAUUCUUUAUACAACUGAUGGGGGUGCCAUGGGUAAUUUAAAGAAUGGAUCAAUUCCUCAAGAUGAUGUUUUCGCUGCUGUUGAUUUUGAAACUGGAUCCAAUCCAUGGCCCAUAUUCAGAUUACAGAAGAAAUGCAACUUGCCCGGAAAAUCAGCCCCUUUAAGUUCUCUAGGUCUAUUAAUUCUAUUUCUUCAUGAGGUUGUCCAGAUGGCUCAUGGUGGGACCAAUUUUGGAUUUUAUAAUGGUGCAAAUACUGGUCAAGAUGAAUCUGAUUACAAGGCAGACCUCAUUUCUUAUGACUAUGCAAGUGUCACUCCAAAUAGUUCAUUUCAUUUAUUGAUCCCUUUUUGCAAGUCAACUUAUUUACGUGACCUCUUUACUGGGCAGGAUGCACCGAUUAAGGAGCAUGGAGAUGUAGGUCGCUCCAAGGGAGAGAGGUGGCGUGACGCCAGUCCGUCUUCGUCCGCAGGCGGCUCCUCUCCUGUUCCUUCGUUCAAAGAAGUGCUUCUUUCUGGCGGCGCCUCGUCUUCGGUCUCGCCACAGCCGGCAGUGGUGGAGACUCGCCCGCCUCCGAGAGUCGUUCUCCGCUCGCGGCCCCGUCAGGCGUCCGUCGGAGAGGGCCCUGACGCGGACGGAUGGCAGCGGUAUGAAGGCCGCCGUGCUCGCAAGCGGCGCCUGCAGGAGCUACGCGAUCCUCAUCGGCCGGUGCCGGUGGACCUUAGAGGCAGGUGCUACAAUUGUUUUUCUCCUUCCCACCGCGCCGCCUUUUGCUGGAAGGGACCUCGCUGCUUCAAGUGUCGGGAGAUAGGCCACCGUGCGUCCGACUGCGUUGGCCGCCGCCGGGCCCUGCACGCGGCUGCUCCUCGAGCCCUGCUUGUGUGGCGCCCAAAGGCCACGCUGGGAGGGUCGAGCUCUGAGAAGAUGGUGGUCUCGGCAGCCGCGCCCGGAGAGGAGACCUCUGGGGCGGCGGUUGAGCAAGGCUCGCGGGCAAGGCGACGUCGCCGUGUCAGGAAGAGGCGGCGUUCGGAUGCUGCUGGCCCAGGCGGGCCACCUGGCCAAGAAGAUGAGGGGAACGACGAGCCUGCUGCCAGCAUUCGUGCUCCGGCCGGCUCCGACUAUGUUCCUCCCCGGCCCCGUCGUAUCAUCGAUCGUUCAGCUAAGAUGGCCAGGGCUGAAGAUGAACUUUGCAAGGCGCUCUCGGUUUCGAUUGUUGGAGACAGCUCGACCCUUUCGGUUGAUGUUCUGGUUGAUGAGUUAGCUCGCCGCCAUGAACUCCCGAUUGAGUCGCUGGAGUUUCACAGUCUGAGCCGUCAAGACUGCCUGCUGAUCCUCCCCGACGAAGCUGCGGCCGUUCGGGUCUACAAUGAGGGACGACCUCUACAUUUGCCUCCGUUCACCCUCUACUUCCGCCGUUGGUCUCGGUUCAAGAGUGCUACUGCGGUGGUUUUGCCCUCACUCGUCGACAUUGAGUUGAGCGGCAUACCGGCGCACGCUUGGGAGUUGGAGACAGCAGAACACUUGCUGGACGAGUGGUGCUGGGUGCGCGAGCUCCAUCCUGCUACGAUCGAUCGCAGGGAUUAUUCGUCCUUCCGUCUCAAGGCUUGGUGUUCCCAGCUGGAGAGUAUCCCUGCGGUCAUGGACUUGGACAUUGUUGAGCCUCCGGUGCAAGUUGAGGAAUCCCCCCCUGUGAAGCGUGCUUUGAGGUAUGAAAUCAAGAUUGAUGCUUCUGUGUCGCCUACGGUUGGUGCGGAUGUUGAUCGUCCUCCCUCGCCCCCGCCGCAUCUGGACUCCGAUCAGGGGAGGCGUCGACGCCGGCAGCCAGCGGCUGACGUGCCGGCUUCCGCCGCCCUUGGUUCUGGCGCCCGAGGUGAUGCUCCACGAGGUUCUGUGCAUCAGCGACUGGGCGCUGGUCCGGUAGCAGUCGAUCACGGGACGGUUCGCGAGGAACUCAUUGAUGGGCUGCUCUCCUCAGAACCCGAGGCGCCGCAACCGUCAUCAAGUCGUUCGCCUGCCUCGUCCACGCCUGGGGAUAUUGAAGACAUGGCGGCUCAGGUUAUUAAUCCUGGACCAACAUUUGAAGAUCUGUUCCCACGGGAGCCGGAUUUUCCGUUCUGGCUGUCGGAGGUGGGUCUUGUUUCGCCGGUUCGGCUGGACUGCUCCCACAGUGAUGUCUUCGUGAGCAAGGAGGGUGACUUUACGGCCCAAUUGCCUGGGAAACGGCCUGUUAGCCCUUCACAAGCAGGCCCACUUGCUGUAUCGAUGGUGGGCCAAUCGACUGGAGACAACUGCGGUGCGAGCUUCUCUGUUCCCCCACCUCUAGGUCCGGCUAUGGUGACGAUGAGCCCCACACAGGAGUUGGCCAUCACCGGUCCUGUGAAUGCCGCAAUUCAGCACAUCGGGAUGGACAGAGGGGUGGCUACCCCGGUGAAGACUUACUUCAGAAGGCGCCGUCGUUUGGUUGAUAGUGAUGCCAUGGUCGCGGCUCCACUUCCAGAUCUCUUGGCAAGCGUAGAAGCCUUGGCCGGGCCUGCGGGCGUCGCAGUUCAGGUCGGGACUCCACACCAGACCCCCUCUCCUGGUCUUGGUUGUGUUGCAGUCUUGGCUGAAACUCCGCCUGUGGCCGCACGCCUGUCUCCCGUCGGUGAGGAUAUCCAUUUGUCUCCGGCGGCUGAUGCAUUUGGACCUGGGUGUCAAGUGGCCGGAGACUCAGUAGCAGUGCCAACUCUCCCCGGCACACCCAACUCGAACCAACUCACGAGCCAGCGAAGACGCUUCCUGGCGAAGAUGACAAAGAAGACGACGAAAAUCCUCCCUACUCCAAGAGCCAACAGGCUGCGUUCCCGUGCUUGUGUUCAGCGUGCUCCUCCGAGGCGCAGCCGUCGCAUUGCCGGAAUGCAGCCAGACUCUAAUGGAGGUGGGGCCCCAUCAAGAACAAAGAAGACAGUGAUGCGGGCUCUGGGCCUUAUUGGGGAAUCGGCCGGCAUUGAUCAACAAAGCCUGGAAGAAUAUUGCAUGCUUUUCACCGGUUCGGCAUCGCUCCCUGAUAUCCAUGUUCAGGCUCUGGCAGCGCUCUUCAGUUGGGUUGCUCCUGUUGAUGAGGAACAGGACUUCGCGGCUGAAUGCUGA